AUGCCGGCGAGCGUGAAGCCCCCAGUGUUUACUUCUAUGGUCCAUCGCAAAGUUCAACAUCACACAUCUUGGCAAGACGCAGAUUUCCAGCCAGAUGACCUUGGCUUAGACUUGACUGAUCUCUCGACCAUGACGGGCUUUCUCAUGAACGAAGUGCCCGACAACACGGGCCACUUCUAUCCGCCAUGGGCGAACGAGCUGUCUCCGCUUGUCAAGGAUGAGCCUUCGGCCUUCAUGAUGCCGGACCCUGCCGCCCCCCGGCAACCCCAACCAAGACAACAACAGCAGCAGCAGGACCAACGCUUGCCAGCACCAGAAGGGUUGCCUGCUGCGCCGGUCGCAGACCCGGCACUGGACGUGAUCAUGGGGGGGGCUACCGGCAGCAGCCGCCCAGGAAGCACAACCAGCAGCAGCAGCAGUGGGGCCAGCAGCAUGCUGCGGGCGCCGAAGGCUGCUGCCGCUGCAGGAGCAGCAGCACUGGGAGGGGUCGGGUCAACAUUCCGCAAGACGCCGGCGGGGGGGGUAACACGGCGGCGUUCAUCUAGCAAGGAGGAGCAGGCGAAGAAGCGGAGAGAGAGGAACAGGGUCUUGGCGCGCCGAACUCGCCUGCGCAAGAAGUUUUUUUUCCAGUCCCUUCAACAGCAGGUGGCGCGCCUCCAGCGCGAAAACGAGCGUCUGAAGGGCAUCGUCACCACGAGAUGCCCGGACUCGGUUGGCGAGAUUCUCAUGAGCUGCAGGUCAAAGAUGCCUUCCAUGGUGGCGGACUGCGCCGGCCAGGCAACCGCUGUGCUGGACCAGAGCGGCUUCCUAUUGGUCAAGGCGCUCCAGUCCAGCCAGCCGAGCUUCUGCGUCACGGACCCGCAGAUGCCGGACAACCCGAUCGUGUACGCGAGCGACACGUUCAUCGAGCUCACCGGUUACGACCGGGCGCAGGUGCUUGGGAGAAACUGCCGGUUCCUCCAGGGGCCGGACACGGACCCAGAUGCGGUGGCGAAGAUCCGCAAGGGGAUCGAGGAGGGGUCGGACACGUCGGUGUACCUGCGCCAGUACAAGGCUGACGGUACGGUUUUCUGGAACCACGUGUUCGUGGCGGCCCUUCGGAACAGCGAGCACAAGAUCAUCAACUACGUUGGUAUCCAGCAUCCGUUGGACAAGGAGCCCUCCCCCGAGGUGGUUGCCUGCAUCAACAACGGCAAGGAGCAGGAGAUCAUGUCUGUCCAAGAAGAAGACCGCCCGGCGGGGUGGGGUGGGCAGUGGCCAGAGGACGUAAACGGGGACCUGGCGACCUUGGACCAUUUGAUGGCAGGCGGGUGGGGGACGGAUUAAGGGGCGCUUGUUGGCUCGUUGGCUGGGGUAAGGGUGAACGCACGGCGGGAGGGGAACGCGGCUGCGGGGUAAGAAUGGGGAGGUGAUGUCAGGGCCUUGCCUUGUCCUUUCUAGUGAAUCAUGCGGCAGCGCGCCCUCGAUAGGCACAUGCUGGCGUGUGGGCGAUCGUGGAGAGGGAAAAGACAACGGAAGGUUUUGGCGCGUCGCUCCUGCGACCAAAAGGAGAACGAGAAGAAAACAAAACAAAACACGGCGGUUAGGACGAAGCAAGGCCUUGUGUAUAUAGUAUUUCCUGGCGAUAUCUUUGGCCAGUUAGUAGUAGGGGAGUCGAGUUACUUGAGUUGAUAGACCAACGAGUUAGCGAGGGAGGGGGCAAGAAGGAGAAGGGGAGGGAGAGAAAGGGUUGGGAUCGGCGUGGAAGCUCACUCUCUCUUCCGCUACUGGUUCACGAUGUAUCGUAACGCCCGACCCGCUUUGUCAGACUUGCAGCGAAUAUAUCCACGUUUUUUGGUGUGUUUCGGUUCGAAGAAAUGUCGACCCGUCGCCGUUCGCAGGGUGUAUCCAUACCACACCCCCCCUGCGGAUGGGCCGUGGCGCGUACUUCAGUACUUCGGUCGUCCGAAAGGCGGAUCAAUCGCAAUAUGGACGACUGAUCAAUAACGAGGGGCAAGAAUACGGCCAAGUCUCGGUGUCAUGCGGUGUGUUCGCGGUGUUCGGGAUUAGACUCGUGACGGGCAAUCAAUCGAGUCUAUAUCGUGUAAGUGUCUGGGGGGUGGGGGGUAAGUUUGCUUUGGAGAUUUUCAAAAGGCUCGGUUUGUGUACGGGGCGGUGGGGCCUGGUUGGCUGUUUUGAUCUUUUUCUUGGUACAGAUGACGUUUAAGGGGGAGCUCUCGUGCUAAGAUUUGCUCGUCCCAAGGCCCUUGCGCUUCUUCCUGCGUGCGCUGGGCUGGGUGUUGGUCAUCGUGCUGGUGGUCGAUGGUUGUUGCACGCCAUCAUACAAGUUUUCUUCUUCGGUGUAACAAUAAAGUUUUCCACGUGCUCUUAUUGGGUUGGACGGGCAAGACGGAUGGUAGUUUGCCUACGUGUUUUUUAGUUUUCCCCGUGCAUUUAUAUCUCGAUGAUGAAAGUGAAAAGUUGAUGGGCGAGAGGGCACGGCCGACUUCUUUUUUCUGCAGUAUUGAUAGAAUUUUCUUUAUUCUUUUGUGGGCACACGAGAAGCGGAGGCGGUUUCCCUCAAUCGGGAUAGAAAGAGGAAGUAGGGAGGCGAUUCAGGAAAUAAUACCAAUACCGCGUUCGCGAAAGAUAGAUAAUUUAGCCGGCUCCUGCUGUACAUGGAGCGAUCCGGUUUUGCUUGAGUGCAGCGGACAUUCCCAAAGUCGAGCGGUGUUUGCGUCGCGCAGGAUGAGCUUGGAUGUGGUGGGGAGAUCAAAGAGAGAAGCACGCCGGUACCAUGCGUGACGUAGACUGUUGGGGUGUGUUUGGGCACAUGGCGCGCAAGCGCCUAGCCGUGAGAGUGCACGGCGAACGCCCCUAUCGAAGCGCAGGUAUUGGUCGCUCAGCUUGUCGUGGUGGUGUGCUGCUUGGUUUGCGAUAAAGUUGAAUUUGAAGGCCGAGUACAGUAAGGUCGGACCGGUUUGUGUGUGCGUGCGUAACUGCCUCAAGUAUUUUUUUUGUCCUGUUGUGUUUUGCCCGUGAAAGAAGGUUUGGGACAUGCAAGCACAGCAGCUGUAAGUGCUCUGACGUGUGGCUCUUCUUGUACUGUACUUCGGACCUUUGUGAACUCACGGCACUUUAGACGCUUCCAAGCUUGCUACGUACGCUGGGGGUAAACAUAACCGUGUCCGAGUUUGGCAUGAAUAAGUUGGUUGCACACCAGAGAACAAUGGUCAUUAAGUUU